CCCCACGCUGAGCUGUUUCACAGCCGGCCCUGCCCCCUCUCCAAGAUGCUGUUUUGGCACAACCAGCCGGAGCAUCUAUGGCCCAGUCCUGGGGAUCUAUACCCUGGGCCCCCCAGCAGCCUGCUCAGGGAGCCCCUGCCCUUGCCCUACUUGAAGCAGGAGGAGCUGCCCAACAUCCCUGGCACGGAGCUGCCCUGCCCCAUGUUCCAGUACGUGCUCUGUGCAGCCACCUCGCCAGCCGUGAAGCAGCAGGAGGAGACCCUCACCUACCUGAACCAGGGCCAGUCCUAUGAGGUCCGGAUGCUCUGCAGCUCCAAGCCGUGUGAUGCCACCCAGUGCCCCCAGCUGCUGAAGAUGUGCCACUGUCCGUGGGAGUGAUAGAACCCCAAGUGCUGCUCUCACAACUCAACAUGGUGGAGUUUCACUGGGACCCAACCAAGAGGACAUCUCUUUUCCUGCAGUUCACACCUCGGAAGAAAGGUGGAGAGAAAGGCAUCCCUUUCCGCCUCCAGAUCGACACCUUCAGGCCCAGUGACAAGGGGCUGCCGCUAGACCACCUGCACUCAGCUGGCUGCCUCAUCAAGGUGUUUAAGGUACAGGCAGCAAUGGGGCCCAUUUUCCUCUCUCUCAGGGCUGUCACCUGGCCUCGCCGGCUGUGUGGGUUCUAGCCCCACGUUGCUGUGGAUCCUCAGCCUGCUGUGCCCCAUCUCUUGAACUGUUUCCUUUUCUGUACACAGAGGGAUGGGGCUUGGUCUCUGUCUCACAGCCAAUCCAACAGAGCCACUGGAGAGAGGCAGGCAGGUAAAGAAAGAGUCUUUGGGCCGG